AUGCUUGGAUACGAGGCUGAAGAGACGAUAAAGCGCAUUAAAAGCCACAAAGGCGUCCAGGCGGUGCUCAUUGUUAACCAAGAGGGAGUACCCAUUUAUUCGAGUACAACUGAUGAAGAGUUUGCGGUGGACCAUGCAGCCCUUAUCUCGCAACUUGCGGCGAAGGCAAAGUCAACUAUUCGCACUUUAGACCCCACAAAUGAGAUGACAUUCCUUCGAAUUCGCUCCAAGAAACACGAAAUUAUGAUCGCCCCAGAUAAAGACUACGCGCUUAUUGUGAUUCAAAAUCCAAAUCCAGGAGCCGAGAUGCCACCUCGUACCCCACGCAGCUCUCUUAAGAAGCAUGACGCUUCCACUGAAUCGCGUGCAUUGAAGGCGCGACGACAUCGUACCACCAAUCAGGUACGCAAAGACAAGCGGAGAGCUACCGUACAGACCAAGCGUCGACGCUUAAUGUCAGCGGAACAACCAACACUUACUAAUCGCAGUAUUGACGAGCUCGUUCGGACUUUGGGAGAUGCGAGCAACGCGUCAGUUGGCCAAAUCCAGACUCGUUUUGAGACACUUAAAGAGAUUCGUAUGCUACUAGCGAAACAUGAAAACGACUAUGAGCAGGUGGAGCAGAUUAUCGAGUCCGGGAUUGUACCCAUUUUAGUAGCAUUGCUCAAUUCGGCUUCACCACUUGCUAGCGCUACUCGCUCGGGCGGAGAAGUUUAUCGAGAGAUUUUGUGGUGUCUUACAAACAUUGCUAGUGGCCAAUAUGAACAUACAAAGCAAGUAUUGCCUGCUGUGCCUCGUUUGUUGCAAUUUUUAGAAGGUUCAAAUUUCUCUUUAGCGGAAAGUGCGGCAUGGGUAUUGGUGCCAUUGGUAAAAUUACUUGCUAAUCCAGGUGAAAAAGCUCUGGCCAAGACUAGUGCUUGGGCACUAUCGAACUUGGCUCGUGGAAUUGAGACUUCAGCCAAGCCAUUUAUUGACGCUGGUAUUCUUCCUGUAAUACACAGGGGACUUGUACAACCAGCGUCCCUUGCGACGUUCAGUGAAGAGAUUGUUGUCGAAGUCGCGUGGCUUUUGAGCUUUUUAACAGCUCGCGAGGAGGACUGUUUAAAAUUGAUGCUUGAAAAUGGACUUGUGGAUUUAUUGUUACCAUAUUUUACAACAAAUAACGAGAUUCUGCUCACUCCAUUAUUGCGUGUCUUUGGCAACAUUUGCUGUGGCUCAUUCGACCACCAUACAGACAAGUGGCAAAUGCCCUACGUUCGACGUUUAUUGAAUUCAGAUUCGGUUGUCUUGCCUAAAUUAAACGAAUUUCUGCAGCCAGGACCGCUGCAUAAAUCGUUGGCAGCUGAAGCAGCGUGGGUUGUGUCGAAUCUGGCAGCUAGUGAUGCUGAGAUCGUAGACAUGUUACUACAAGCGCAAUUGCUUCCACUUUUGGGUCAACAGUUUAAAGACGGAAGCUACGAAGUGCGACGAGAAGUGGCGUUUGCGCUCACAAAUAUUGCACUGACGAGUGCUGGACAUUUGGAGAAAGUUUUAGCAUUGGAUGUGCUAAAAGGGUUUUUGCACCUUUUGACUGUAGCAGAUGUAGCAAUUGUCGGCAACUCGCUUCGUUUUAUUGAAAACGUGCUGCGUGUAGCUCCUCGUGGUGUGUUUUUGAUUGAAGUAAACGAAGGAAUCGAUGCACUUGAGACGGUACAAUUCGAGUGUGAACAGGAGCAUUUGUCAAAAUGGGCUGCUGCGCUGGUGAACAAAUUUUAUGGAGAGAAUUAUGGAGUCAAUUCACCGCCUGGCGCUCCAAGUGCAUCGGAAUUUACUAAUCAGCAUGUCGAUAUUUCAGCGCUGCAACAACCUGGUGGCCGAGGACGAGGCGCUCACAUGACAAUUCCUGCUUGGAAAAAGCCCUCAAAGAAAGUUACGUUUAUAUCAAUUUGUAACCUUGUUAGCUUUUCACCCGGACUUUCAUAA